AUGGAGAAUGAGAACCACACUUCCGUCACAGAAUUCAUCUUGGUGGGACUCGCUAACUCCCAAAAGACACGGAUUUGUCUUUUUCUGAUCAUUCUCCUCACUUACUCACUUACUGUUAUGGGGAACCUGGUGAUUAUUGUGUUGGUACGAGGUGACUCCUCCCUCCACACCCCCAUGUACUUCUUCCUCUCCAAUCUUUCGGUCCUAGAGAUCUGUUUUGUCACGUCCAGCAUGCCCCAGAUGCUGGCUCACCUCCUGUCUGGAAAUGGAGCCAUCUCCUUUAUCCGUUGCAUGUCCCAGAUGUACAUUACUGUUUGCCUGGGUAGCGUAGAGUGUUUCCUGCUGGGCGCCAUGGCUUACGACCGCUACUUGGCCAUCUGCCAUCCUCUGCUAUAUGUCAUCACUAUGAGCAGGAGGCGACAGGUUCAGCUAGCCUCAGCCUCUUGGGCGAAUGGCUUCCUUCUUACUUCAGUAAAUGUGAGCUUCAUCCUUCGCCUCCCCUAUUGUGGCCCCAACCGCAUCAAUCACUUCUUCUGUGACAUGCCCAUUGUGUUGAAAUUGGCGUGCACUGACAUACGCGUGACGGAGCGCACCGUUAUUAUAUUGGCUGCGUUGAUUGUUGUCCUCCCGUUUUCUAUCAUCCUGACCUCCUACAUUCUCAUACUGUCUUCUGUGAUACGAAUGCGGUCAGCUGCCGGACGGCGCAAGGCCUUCUCCACAUGUGCCUCCCACUUGAUAGUGGUCACCUUGUUCUACGGCAUCCUUAUCAUUGUGUAUCUGACACCAGGGUCAGACAGAGCUCCCGGUCAUGACAAAGAACUAGCUGUCUUUUACAUGGUGGUCACCCCCUUGCUCAAUCCGAUCAUUUAUACCCUACGCAACAAGGACAUCCAUAGGGCUAUGUCUAGAAUGGUGCAAAGAUGGGGACUGAAAGAGAAGCAGUCUACGCUGAUGUCUUGA